UGUAGUGGAGUUCAACGCACGGUUGUGCUGUCAGCACUGUUGGGAACUUUUAUGCUGAAUUGCAUUUGAAAAACGACAACAAACACCAAGAUGGCCGGCCGGACUCUGCAAGCUGGGCGAUGUCCAACAGAUGAACUGUCACUGACCAACUGCGCAGUCGUGAGUGAGAAGGAGUCACAGUUUGAACAUCACGUGACGGUGAGAACCACGCCGACCCACAAGUUUGUGUUCACAGUGAAGACCCACCAGAGUGUGGUCCCAGGAACCAUCGCCUUCAGUCUUCCCCAGAGAAAAUGGGCAGGCAUCUCCAUUGGUCAGGAUGUGGAAGUGACCGGCUACAACUUUGACAAGUCCAAGCAGUGUGUAGGCACCAUGAUAGUGGAGAUUGACUUCCUGCAGAAGAAGAGCGUGGACAGCAGCCCAUACGACUCAGACAAGAUGGCUGCAGAGUUCAUCCAGCACUUCAACAGCCGGGCCUUCAGUGUAGGCCAGCAGCUGGUGUUUAGUUUCUGUGAGAAGCUAUUUGGCCUGCUGAUAAAGGACAUCGAGGCCAUGGACCCCAGCAUCCUCAAGGGAAAUGCAGGCUCUGGGAAGAAGCACAAUAUUGACAUUGGCUUGUUGCUGGGCAACAGCCAGGUGGUUUUCGAGAAGGCAGAGAGCUCCUCUCUUACCCUCAUUGGGAAAGCGAAGACCAGAGAGUCUCGUCAGUCCAUCAUCAACCCAGACUGGAACUUUGAACGCAUGGGCAUCGGUGGCCUGGACAAGGAGUUCUCUGACAUCUUCCGUAGGGCCUUCGCCUCUCGAGUCUUCCCUCCAGACAUAGUGGAGCAGAUGGGUUGUAAGCAUGUGAAGGGCAUCCUGUUGUUUGGGCCUCCUGGCUGUGGUAAGACUCUGAUGGCCAGGCAGAUUGGGAAGAUGCUGAACGCCCGCGAGCCCAAGGUGGUCAACGGCCCUGAGAUCCUCAAUAAGUACGUGGGAGAGUCCGAGGCAAACAUCAGGAAGCUGUUCGCCGACGCAGAGGAUGAGCAGAAGAGGCUGGGCGCCAACAGUGGGCUGCACAUCAUCAUCUUUGAUGAGAUCGACGCCAUCUGUAAGCAACGUGGCAGCAUGGCGGGCAGCACAGGUGUCCACGACACGGUGGUCAACCAGCUGCUCUCCAAGAUAGAUGGAGUAGAGCAGCUCAACAACAUCCUGGUUAUAGGAAUGACCAACAGGCCGGACCUGAUAGAUGAGGCCUUGUUGAGACCAGGCAGGUUGGAAGUCAAAAUGGAGAUCGGUUUGCCUGAUGAGAAGGGGCGUGUCCAGAUCCUCAACAUCCACACGGCUAAAAUGCGUCAGUUCAACCUGCUGGGCAGCGACGUGGACAUCAGCGAGCUGGCCGCCGAGACAAAGAACUACAGCGGAGCCGAGCUGGAGGGGCUGGUCAGAGCUGCCCAGUCCACUGCCAUGAACCGACACAUCAAGGCCAGUGCCACCGUGGAGGUGGACCUGGAGAAGGCAGUGAAUCUGCAGGUCCACAGAGACGACUUCCUGGGCUCGCUGGACAACGACAUCAAACCUGCUUUUGGUACCAACUCGGAGGACUAUGCCAGCUACAUCAUGAAUGGCAUCAUAAAGUGGGGUGACCCGGUGACUGCUGUGCUGGAUGAUGGGGAGCUCCUAGUGCAGCAGACUAAGAACAGCGACCGCACACCGCUGGUGUCUGUGCUCCUGGAAGGUCCCCCCAACAGUGGAAAGACGGCCCUAGCUGCUAAGAUCGCAGAGGAAUCCCAGUUUCCCUUUAUAAAGAUCUGUUCUCCUGACAAGAUGAUCGGUCACUCCGAAAUCGCUAAGUGCCAGGCCAUCAAGAAGAUAUUUGAAGAUGCCUACAAGUCCCAGCUGAGCUGUGUAGUGGUGGACGACAUUGAACGCUUGCUGGACUAUGUCCCGAUUGGCCCUCGUUUCUCAAACCUGGUCCUUCAAGCUCUGCUGGUUCUCCUCAAGAAACCCCCCCCCAAAGGCCGUAAGCUGCUGAUCAUUGGCACCACCAGCAGGAAGGACGUGCUGCAGGAGAUGGAGAUGCUGGAUGCUUUCAGUACCACCAUCCACAUCCCCAACAUCUCUAGAGGAGAGCAGCUGGUUGAAGCCCUGGAGAUGCUGGGGAGUUUCCAGGAGAAGGAGCGGGCAGCCAUUGCCAAGGCGGUGAAGAGCCAGGCGGUGUGGAUCGGCAUCAAGAAGCUGACGAUGGUCAUUGAGAUGGCUGUGCAGAUGGAUCCUGAAUACAGAGUUAGCAAGUUCUUGACCCUGCUGAGAGAACAGGGAGCGCUGGGUUCUAACAAGCACAUAGCCAUCUAAGCCCAUGGUGGAGCUGCAUUGCCCAGCAGUAGCUGCCUCUCACAUGGGCGAGGAGUGGAAGCCCGGAUGCGGCCCGGCAAGAUGGAGUGAGCGAGAGAUUUUAUAUCUCCGCCUAAUCUGGCCAUCGCAAACGCUCGCCGCGUAAUCGCUGUACCGUGUGUUUCCAUGGCAACUCGAUCGACCAGCAUCGUCCUCCUUCCUCAUCAGCACUAUUUCUCUGUGUGUAAACUAAGUCUGUAAUUGUUAUUUCUGAAGGCAAAGCGUUGUGAUUCAAAUGACACUCUAUUCCCUAUAUAGUGCACUACGUUUUGACCAGAUGUCUAUGGGCCCUGGUCAAAAGAAGUGCACUGUAUAAGGAACAGUGUGCCAUUUGAGAUGCAUCCAAAUUGUUGUGAUUUGUGCUGCUAGCACUCCAGGGGAUUUUAUGUAUAAAAAUCAAAUGUAUGUUUAUAACUAAACAUGAGACGAGAAAAGUGUAUGCAAAACUAUGUACACUGAGUGUAUGAACCAUUAGGAACACCUUCUUAAUAUUGAGUUGCACUCCCUUUUGCCCUCAGAACAGCCUAAAUUCAUUGGCGCAUGGACUCAACAAGGUGUCGAAAGCGUUCCACAGGGAUGCUGGCCCAUUUUAACUCCAAUGCUUCCCACUGUUGUCAAGUUUGCUGGCUGUCCUUUGGGUGGAGGACCAUUCUUGAUACACAUGGGAAACUGUUGAGCAACAACAACAAAAAACAGCAACGUGCAGUUCUUGACACACUCAAACCAGUAUGCCUGGCACCUA